AGGUCCGAGCCCUCCGUCUCGAGAACGCAUCUUUGCGGGCUGAGCUGGAGGUACUACGUCGUUGCACUUCACCAGCUCGUGGCCAUCAGGAGGGAGAUAAUAAUCCUCGGCCGCCAUCUCGAGGAAGGAGUGCCUCUCGGACUCGGCGACACCAGUGUGUCUCUCCUCGGCUAA